CCCGCGCGGGGGUGGGGCGCCAUUGUGCUGCGGAGCAGGCCGCAGCCGCGAGUGUCCUGAAGUCUUUUGUCCCGCCGGCGCCCGAUCUGCUUUUCGGCUCUCACGCGUUCUUUCCUCUCUUUCCCCCUUUUUUUCUCCCUUUCUAGGUCGCGGAAGAUGCCGCGCGUCUAUGUCGGCCGCCUGAGCUACCAUGUGCGGGAAAAAGACCUGCAGCGCUUCUUCAGCGGCUAUGGCCGCUUGCUCGAGGUCGACUUAAAAAACGGGUAUGGGUUUGUGGAAUUCGAGGAUUCCCGGGACGCGGAGGACGCCGUUUACGAGCUGAACGGCAAGGACCUGUGCGGGGAGCGGGUGGUCGUGGAGCACGCCCGCGGCCCCCGCCGGGACAGGGACGGCUACAGCUACAGCAGCCGCAGUGGAGGAGGAUAUAGCAGUCGAAGAGCAUCAGGAAGAGAUAAAUAUGGACCACCUGUUCGCACAGAAUACAGAUUAAUUGUUGAAAACCUUUCCAGUCGCUGUAGUUGGCAGGAUUUGAAAGAUUUUAUGAGGCAAGCUGGUGAGGUAACCUAUGCGGAUGCUCACAAAGAACGCACAAAUGAAGGAGUAAUUGAAUUCCGUUCUUACUCUGACAUGAAGCGUGCUCUGGACAAAUUGGAUGGUACAGAGAUAAAUGGACGAAAGAUCAGGCUGGUUGAAGACAAGCCACGGUCAAGCCAUAGACGAUCUUAUUCUGGCAGUAGAUCAAGGUCCCGUUCUAGAAGGAGAUCACGUAGUAGAAGUCGUAGGAGCAGCCGCAGUAGAUCCCGUAGUGCCUCAAAAAGCCGAUCUCGCUCUAAAUCUAGGUCUCGAAGCAAAGAUCGUUCACGGUCCAGAUCUAAAAGUAGAAAGUCGAGAUCAAAGAGCAAGUCUAAGCUGAAAUCUGACAGGGGUUCACAAUCCCGCAGCAGAUCCAAAGAGAAGUCUGAGAAGUCUCGCAGCAGAUCCAGGUCUGCAUCUCGAUCGCCAAAAGAAAAUGGUAAAGGAGAAGCAAAGUCUAAAUCAAGGUCAAGGAGCAGAUCUCGUUCCAAUUCACCAAUGCAGGAUGAACCUGCAAAGGCACGGUCAGAAUCCCCACCCAAGAGGAAUGAAUCGCGAUCCCGGUCACGAUCACAUUCAAAAUCUCGCUCACGUUCACGAUCCAGUUCACAAGAUUAAUAUUGGAACUCAUUUCCCUUUUCACAUGAUUAUGGAACAUUUGUAUGCCAGGCCAGAGGUCUUUUUUAUGUUAGUAUUGGCGGAGUUGGCCUGCUUAGUUGCAGAAAGAAGCAGCCUGAAAACCACAUAAAUGAGGAGCAAAAGUUUGAAAUAGCUAAAACUUUUUAUGGAAGUGGCAAAGAGCAGGAAAAGAUUAUCUUUUUGUAGAAAUUAGGGCAAAUCCUUGAUUAUUAUUUUUUAAUAGUGCCACAUCAGAAAUCUCUGGGGAGUGGAAAAUGAGUUUUAUAUAAAAUCUUUUGAGUGCAGAAGGUUUUUGGAAAGGUAACUAUUCUUAAAUGUUUCUGUUAUUUAAAAUUACUGGAAUUAAUAGGCUAUGGCUUGCUUCUAAAAGUGCAUGAGAGCCUUAGUGAACAGGUCAGAGAUGCUUAUAAAGCUGAUAAGCCAACUACGAGUUUGAAUUGGAACACUACUUCUGUUGUACCCAAACUUGCCAGAGGUUACUUCUUUGCUCCUUUGUCACCAUCUUGAGGCAGUAUUGACAACCUAAUAAAAAUGGUCCUCUCUAACUUUGCAUGGUGCAGUUUUGCCUAACAAAAUAAAGCUAACAUCAAAUGAAAUUCAAGGUACCACAUUACUUUUUAGUUGCCAAGUUCUUUGGUUGGUUGUUUUGUUGUCCUCUUAACUGCUGCCACAUUCUGCAUCUCAAUUAUAAAAGGUGGCUAACUUCCCGUGAAAUUGAUGGCACUUGAUUAAACUCCUUGUACUGAACUUAAGUUCUAGUAUUAAUGGGUAGUCUAGAACUAGAUUUCCCAUUAUGAUUUGUGCAGCUGGAUUAGAAAUAAAAUCAGUUCCCCUAAUGUUUGUAGCAAACCAGUUAGCAACAAUAACAGAAUAUUAGCACAGCCGUGUAACCUUUAUACAAUGUGUAGUUUGACUUGUAUAAAAUUAAAUCAUUGACUCCA